AUGAUAAAAAUGAUGACAACAAGAAGAGAGGGCGGUAGGCGACAGCUGGAUGAGGCAAUUGAAGAAGCGGUAAAAACACCUUUUGCAAGGCAAAUACAGAUGGCGGGAAUACCGCCUAAAUGCAGUUUACCAUCAUUCACUAACAUCUUUGAUGGAACAACCUGUGCGAUACAACACAUAAAAGCCUAUGUGCGAUCUUUAUUGCAAUGGGAAGAUCAUGAUGCGGUUCUCUGCAAGUAUUUUCCGGCAAGCUUGUCAGGAGAAGCUUUGAAGUGGUUUGAAGGUCUACCUACUGGAACAAUCAAAUCAUUCAAUCAUUUACAGUCAAUAUUCCUAGAAGCAUAUAUCAGCAAUAAUGUAUUAAGACCAGGCAUAGAGCAAGUAUUUGGUUUGCGAAGAAGAACAAAUGAAGACCUGCGAAGUUUAACCAUAAGAUGGAGAACUAUGUGCAGUGAAAUGUUUGGACGAGUGAAUGAAAGAAAUCUCAUAUUAUCGUUCAUUAAUGCACUCUUCGCAACAGAUCUUUUAUACACACAAAUUUUCAGAAUUAAAGAAACCAUAUCAAUGACAGAGUUACGCGAGUAUCAUGAAGAAUACAUCGCUCUUGAACUAAAGCAGAAAGAAAUAGAAUCUUACCCUGUGGAAAAUACAAGUACAAAAGCUGGGAAUGCGAGUUUACUUCUUAAGAUAACAAGCACAAUCGCAAGUGCAUCUCAAGGAAGACACGAGUAG